AUGUGGACCUCUGUGUCUCUCAACUGUCGUCCUGGUUUCAGCAAAGAGGCUCUGGGCUUUUAUAAAUCGUCCUCGUGCGGCUCCACGGGCUUUUGGACCCGGACUCGGACUCGGACCCGGACCCGGACUCGGAUCAUGCCCGUCCCGCGCCGCAGAGCGUCUCUCCUGGCGGAGCGCCCCGUGUCCACGUGCACGGGCACGUGCACGGGCACCCGCGUCACCCGACGGGCGCUCGGAGUCAGCAGCGUCUUUGUACAGGGCACGAGCAGCAGGGCCGCACCUGUCAUCCCCAAGACAGGUCUCAGGUCGGGACUCGGUUGGUCUCUGGUCGACUACAGGGACAAGGUUCAGGCUCUGGAGCGUCUGAACUCGGAGUUGGAGCAGCAGAUCCGCGCCGAGCUCCAGCAGAGGAGCCACAGCGCCUCCUCCUGGGAACCUCUGAGAGCAAACUGGGAGAACGUGUACCGACAGGUGAGUGAGGAGAUCUUGUCCAACGCGAGACUCAUGUUGGAGACGGAAAACAUCCAGAACAAAGCCGACGACUUCAGAGACAGGUUCGACUCAGAGCGUCCGUGGCGUCAGGACUUGGAGGAGGAGAUCAGUGCGUUGCUCAAAGUGUCUGAGGAGGCGUCUCAGACUCGGGACGACCUGCAGCGUCGCACCGACGACCUGAGGGCGGAGCUACAGACGCUGCAGCUCAGCCACGAGCAGGACGUGCGCCGCCUCUACACCCACGACCUGCACCUGCCCGCCUGCACCCGGACCGGACCGGCCCACACCGGACUGGACCAGGUCUUAGACCACAUCCGAGCCCACUGGGAACGAGUCUGUGAGGAGAGAGUCCAGAGCGACGCCGACGUCAAGGUCUCAGAUCCAGAACAGGUCGAGGAGCUGAAGACGGAAGUUCAAGAAGCUGCGUCUAAAGUCCAGAGUCUCCAGGUCCAGACCGAGUCCCUGCGAGUCCUGAGGAGGUUCUGCUGGCUCUGCUGAGCUGGUCUGGCGUCUCUGGCUGAUACUCGGCGCUGGCAGCAGGUGGAGCUGCAGAGUCUGGGCUCGUUGGUCUCUGGUCUGGACUCAGAACUGAACCAGGUCCAGACCGAGGCCGAGUCCCAGCGCAGAGACCUGGAGACGCUCCUCACCAACAAGAACCGACUGGAGCAGGAGCUGCAGCUCUACCACCAGCUCCUGCAGGGAGAAGAGAACCGCUACCAGGGUCUGGACCAGGGUCUGGACCAGGGUCUGGAUCAGGGACUGGAUCAGGGUCAGGACCAGGAUCUGGACAAGGGUCAGGAUCAGGACUCGGGGACCACAGGGACCCAGGAGACCCCGGAGCAGCAGUGCAGAGUUCCUCCUGAGCCUGGAUCGCCGGCGCCCCCUGCUGCCCCCAAACUGCACAAACAGAAAUGAGCAGGACCGCGUUUCCCAUGAG